ACGGUGGCAUUAGUAGUGUGGAGUGUUUUAAAUUUCGCAAGCGCGUGAUAACGGCACCAUGCGGCCACGUAAGACAAUUUUGCUCGUCGGCGUACUGGUCGUCUGGGUGCUGAUGACUUAUCUUGCGUUUAUGCGCUCCGUCCGUGUAACGGAUGAUACGCGACCAAGGCCCGCCUUCCCGAACAAACUGAUGCUGGACAAGGUGCAGGACUUUGAGCAGAAUCUAAAGAGCUUUACCGAGAACCGGCAGAAUCUCUAUCGUGACAUCAUAAACAUUCUGCGGCGAGAGGACAAAAUACCGAGUGUCCCAGCACAGGCGAUUCCGGUCGUACCAACACAAGAAUCUCUCGUACCCGCAAACGUCGAUGGAGAAAACGGGAAGGAACGAAACGCGGAGCUUGAAGAAGAGUCGAAAGAUGUGCUCGGUAUGCCUGCCCCACUGGCCCCGAUUCCGGAGGCAGAAGAUGGGCGGCCCGAAGUGGAGCGCAUUUUGAGCAAGUUCCAACAACGUUAUCUCAACAAUGAUCCAACCUUCCCCGUGAUCCCGGUCGUUGUUUUCGCAUGUAAUCGCAUCUCAGUCAACAAGUGUCUGGACGAUCUGAUACGCUAUCGGCCGAGUCCGGACCAGUUUCCGAUAAUUGUUUCACAAGAUUGUGAUGAUGAAGCGACACGGAACACGAUCCUAUCGUACCGGGAUGAGGUCACGCUCAUACAGCAACCGGACCAAUCGGACAUUCCCGUACCGCCGAAGGAGAAGAAGUACAAAGGUUAUUAUAAAAUUGCGCGCCAUUACGGUUGGGCGCUACGAGCCGUGUUUGGGCAAGGGUUCGAUUCGGUUAUACUGGUUGAAGACGAUCUGAGUGUGGCUCCCGAUUUUUACGAAUAUUUCCUGGGUACCUAUCCGAUUUUGAAGCGCGACAAAUCACUGUGGUGUGUGUCGGCGUGGAACGAUAACGGAAAGGAUGGACUAAUCGAUAGCACGGCGCAUGAUCUGCUAUACCGGUCCGAUUUCUUCCCUGGGCUAGGAUGGAUGAUGACGAAGGAUCUGUGGGAUGAGUUGGAACUGAAGUGGCCGAAAGCAUUUUGGGAUGAUUGGAUACGACAGCCAGAACAGCGUAAGGAACGUGCCUGUAUACGGCCUGAACUCCCUCGGACGCGAACAUUUGGCAAGAUAGGUGUAUCCAAUGGUCUCUUCUUCGAUAAACAUCUAAAGUACAUCAAGCUAAGCGAAGAGUUUGUGAGCUUCACCAAAACCAACCUGUCCUAUCUAGUGAAGUCUGCCUAUGACGAUGCAUUCGAAAAAGCCGUCUACCAAAGUCAGGUGGUAACGUUGGACGAACUGAAGCGUGGCAUGGUAAUGACCCGAGAACCGGUUCGCAUAGCGUAUCACACCAAAGAACAAUACAAACGGGCCACCAAGAACCUUGGUCUAAUGGACGAUUUUAAGAGCGGUGUACCACGUACGGCUUACCGGGGUAUAGUUUCGUUCUUCUACAACGGACAGCGCAUCUAUCUAGCGCCCAGUAUGAACUGGAAGGGGUACGAUCUCACCUGGAGUUAACAAAGCGCUCCACUGCCCAGCCUGAUCUAGCGGCGUAGCAUUGUUAUCGUUUUGCUGCGCAACCUGUUUCGAGGUGCAUUCGCUUCCGUAAAGAACUGACUUUUCUUACACACUCGACGGGGCCAGCGAAACACACAAA